AUGGAUGAUCUAACCAACAACACAGCAGCAAGAAUAGCAGCGACAGCGAGAUCGCAAUCAGUAAGUCCCUCUAUCCCGGUAGCAGCCCCAGUGUUAGAGGAAGCAGCCCAAGCAGUCGCGAUAGAUUCCACCAGUGCAGCCAUGGCGCAGUGGACACGCCUGCGAACUACUACAAGGCGUCAGAUUACGAACACGUGCAGCCAAAUCACCACAGCCAUUAGAAGAGGUGACCCAGGAGACAGUGUUCAAGCCCUUGCAGAGUACGCGCAGGAAUUGUUGAGAACCGCUAGUGAUCUCAACAACAGACUGCUUGAAGAAGCUGGCCUAGACGAAUUCGAUCGGCAGCACGAGGCACAUACUAGGUAUGUUCAGCAGGUUAAGGCCGUGGCAGCAGAGCUUCAACGUUACCUUACCCCCCGUGCACAUCCACCAUCAGUUCGAAAUGGCCAUCCCGCCAUUGUACCCUCUGUAUACAGUAGCCGGCAGUCGUCAGCAGUGCAUCCCGAAGCCGACAGACCACAAUCCCACACAGAAGCCCAACAGAGAGUCCUUGCAGCGCAACAGGACCUCCAGGAAGCAGAAAGGGCUCUACAGUCACUAAGGUUAGAAGACAAUGACUUAGAAUAUCGGUCAUUGCCAGGUGUAGUCGAACUCGACGCAGUUAAUCGCUGGUGCCAAGACAACAGAAGAUGGGGAGCAGUAGGAGAAGCGAGCCUACAGGAAGAAGCUCCAGACGAUUGGAUUGAUAUGUAUCGUGCCGGUCGAUUACGACCCCUUCCGCGAGUAGAAGCAGGACCUCAUUCGUCAAUUCGAGCUGAGUUACCUGAUUACAGUGGAAAGGCUCUAGAUUGGUUCGCAUGGAUCGAUUUGUUCCGGGCGUUGGGGGGAGAAGCUGCUUACAUUCAAGCAUUGGUCAGGCUUAAGGACAGUUUUGGCAGACGUGACGUCAUGCGAGCAGCGCAUAUUCAAGCGUUAGAGAAACUGGAGUUCCAGAAGAACGAUCCUGCUUCCUUCAAGCGUUAUGCGGAAAAGGUCCGCACACACUUGUUCGAUCUCACUAGAAUAGGCGAAUUCGCCGCCGCAGACAUCAUUGAAAGAAUCUGUCUCAAGCUACAGCUAGCUGAUCGCUUAGCUUGGAAUACGGAUAGAGGAAGUGGACUUGAAAGGCGAAGCCUCGACCAGUUUGGUUCUUGGCUUUGCAACCGGGCCGCCGCGUAUCAAAACGCAUACAGCAUUGCGGCAGACCAAACAAGUGGAGUGCCGGGUAAAGCUCGUGACAGACAGCAUACCCGCACCAACCAGGUUCAGGGUGAAACAAGAGGAAGAGACAAUCGUCAGCCCAACAGUAGCUAUUGCUUCAAUUGCGAAGGCUCCCACAAGUUGGAAGAUUGCCCGUCGUUUAAGGGUCUUACGGCUAGAGAUAAGCUGUCGUUUUGUAUCCGACGUCGGUUAUGUUUCAAUUGCCUGAAAUCUGGACAUUCUGCUAGAGAUUGCAGAAUGAAGAAAUCGUGUUCGGUCCCUAACUGUAAUCGCACACACCAUGCACUGCUUCACUACCAGCCGGAUGACGCGGACGAAUCGGUUCGCCCCGCUACAGCCCGCACCAACCUAGCAAAGGGGAAGAAAGCAGCUGUAGGAAUGAUCCAACUGGAUGUUCUGGAUGCAGAGGGAAACCUUGUGAAAGCCAAUGUAUUUCUGGAUGAAGGUAGCGACAGUACGCUUUUCCGAGACGGAUUUAUUCGCCGACUUGGACUGAAAGGUGUUCCGCAGACUCUCGCCGUUGAUGGCGCUGGUGGAGUUUUGAGAAAAUAUACUUCGCGUCGUAUUCAACUCCGAGUUCGGCUACCCACAGGCGAAUUCGCCACUCUUCAAGGUUCGACUAUGCCUACUGUGGCCAGUCCGGUUCCACUUACAGAUUGGAACACCUUAAAGAAGCGUUGGAGACAUUUAGCAGACCUGCCAUUAGAAAGCAAUGGCGGGAGAGUAGACAUCCUUCUCGGAAUAGAUCAGGCCUAUUUGACAACGGCCAUUGAAUCUCGUUUCGGACAAGAAGACGAACCUACUGCUAUUCGUACCCGCCUUGGAUGGGUCGUAAGAGGAGUAAUUGGGAAUACAUUCAGAAAUCUUAUGGCGAGAACGCACGCAGUGUUCACCAGCAUGGAAGAGGAAGGCGACGCACUAGCGCAGCAGAUGAAACGCUUUUGCGACACAGAAGAAUUCGGGACGGAGCACAAGACAGAUGGCGUUUCCGAAGACGAUAGACAAGCUAUCGAUAUUUUAGAAAGCGGAACGCGAAAAUUGGCCGUCGGCUAUGAAACACCCAUCACCUGGAAGGUUGGGGAGCCAGACCUGCCAAACAAUCGGCAUUUGGCCGAAAGAAGAUUGGCUACCCUGCUGCACCGGUUCAACGAAGAACCCGAUUUCGGGCAGGAGUAUAGAAAAGCCAUGGAAAAGAACUUCGAAAAGGGCUAUGCAAUUGUGUUGGCACCCGCCGACUACGGCCCACCGGAGUAUUAUCUCGCUCACCAUGGAGUGAGAAAAGGUCCGAAGCUACGCGUUGUGUUUGACGCUGCAGCACCGUUCAAGGGAAAGUGCUUGAACGACAGUAUUCUCAGUGGUCCGGCUUUACAAACCCCAUUGCCAUCUGUCAUCUUGAAAUUUCGGGAAGGCGAAAUCGCAUGGGCAGCUGACAUAGAAGCCAUGUUUAGCAGAAUACGACUGAGACCAGAAGACGCACGGUACUUUAGGUUUCUUUGGAAAAGAAACGGGGAGGAGAAAGUGUGCGUGUGUGAGAUGAAGCGGCUACCAUUCGGCGCUACCUGUUCGCCAUUCAUUGCGAUCAGUACCACGCGAAAAAUUGCUGCUGAUCUCAGCGAUGACCCGAAAGUCAUCGAGGCAAUCAACACAAGGAUGUACGUUGACGAUUACCUCAGCUCCGCCAAAUCACUGGAGGAAGGUAUUCAAGAAGCAGUAGGCGUUAAAGAAACCCUAGCAAAAGGAGACAUGCACCUUCAAAGCUGGAUCUCCAAUUCCGCAGCUUUUGUGAAAAUCUUAGCACCUACAAGUAAAGGUGUUAGUCAAGGCCCAGCCGAGCUUCCAUUAAGCAAGGACGACUCUGAGAAAGUCCUUGGUGUUUACUGGAACCCGAAUUCGGAUACGCUUAAAUUCAGAGUGAGCGGGCUAGAAGAAAUCACCUACACACGGGUUGGAAUUGCAAGUAAGGUUGCGAGUUUGUUCGAUCCGCAAGGGAUGGCAGCUCCCCUUAUUGUUAAAGCCAAGAUCAAGUUAAGGGAGCUCGGAACAAAAGGGCUUCAGUGGAACGAUCUCGUCAGCAGCGACGACCGUGAUUGGUGGGAAGAAUGGUUUAGCGUCCUACAGCAGCUCAACGACAUCGACAUUCCACGCUGUUUAUUCCCAGAUGAGGAGAAUAUCACCCGAUCGGAACUCCACGCAUUUGGAGACGCAUCGGAAGAAGCGUACGCUGCAGUUAUCUACAUUCGGAAUGUGUACUCUGAUGGUCGAGUACUAGUACGACACGUGCGGGCGUCAACAAAAUUGGCACCGAAAAGAAGCAUUUCCGUGCCAAAGUUGGAGUUAAAUGCUGCUCUGCAAGCAGCCCGUCUCGCACGCUCAGUGAUCGGAGCAUUCACAAGGAUUCCGCACCGUCGGUAUUUCUGGACCGACAGCAGCACCGUAAGAAAUUGGAUUCGAGCAACCGCGUCCAAAUAUCAGAUGUUUGUCAGUCAUCGGGUUGGAGAAAUCCAAACACUGACUCAACCAGACGAAUGGCGUUUUGUGCCGGGCAAGAUGAACACAGCCGAUAUCGCAACUCGUUCAGCCAUUGAAGAGGAAGCCCUUCCAUCGCGCUGGUGGGACGGACCGAAAUUCCUACAAGACGACGAAGAAACAUGGCCAGCAGAUUUGCCAUGGAUUGCCGUGGUUGAAGAGAUACGGCCGGUGCGAUCACAUCAAGCCACCGUUACUACUUCAACGUUCGAUUGGGAAAGUGUCAAGAUCGGUGUAGAAGACAUUCCGGACUUAGUAAGACUGGAAAAGGUGUUCUACGAUCUCGUAAAAAGAUGCCAAUCGGAGGUGUAUAGCGAAGAAAUUCGUCGUUUGAAGAAAGGAAAAUGGCUUCAGCCUAACUCAAGUUUACUCUCUCUUUGUCCCGUUCUCGGAAAAGAUGGACUUUUGAGACUAGGAGGACGAGCCGGGCGAGCUAAGUUGCCCUAUGAAGAAUUGCACCCGCCAUUGCUGCCUGCGCAGCAUAGUUUUACGAAGACUAUCGUUCGAGCGUUCCACGUAUUGCUUAAGCACGUUGGAACAGACUACCAGAUCAGCUACAUAAGGCAGCAUUUCUGGAUACCAGGAGGCCGGGAACUAGUCAAAAGGAUUAGAUACGAGUGUGAAAAGUGCAAACGAGAACGUGCCAAGCCAGGCGAACAACUUAUGGCUGAACUACCGGAUUCGCGUCUAGAAUCUGGCUCAGCUCCAUUCACUCGAACAGCCUGUGAUCUGUUUGGGCCAUUGGAAGUAGGACUUUCGCGAAAUCGCACAGCAAAGCGAUGGGCCGUUUUGUACACCUGUCUCGUUACCCGUGCCGUCUAUGUGGAUCUCGUGAACUCACUCUCAUCAGACGAUUUCCUUCUUAGCCUUCGGCGUUUUAUCGGACUUUACGGCAAACCUCGCGUCAUGCAUUCCGACAACGGCACAAACUUUGUCGGUGCUGAACACGAGCUGAAAGAAGAAGCCGAAAAACUGUAUGCCGAUGAGAAAGUAGCCGAGUUCCUGAAUUUGAAAAGGAUUGACUGGAGAUUCCAGCCACCCAGAACACCACAUUUUGGUGGAGCGCACGAGUCGCUUGUAAGAUCGGCAAAAAAGGCGCUUUAUACCGCUCUUGACUUGGAGAGUAAGAAGCUACGACAUCCAGCGGAAGACACACUCCGCACUCUCCUAUAUGAAGUAGCCGGUUUAUUAAAUGGUCGUCCCCUCACUGCAGCCAGUACAGAUCCGAAUGACUUCCGUCCGUUAACUCCUAACGAUUUUCUAAAUCGUCCGAGUUCGGCCGACCCACCAGCUGGGACAUUCGACGACGCACUGCCCCGUGAGCAUUAUAGGUACGUCCAGAGAAUGGCCAAUCUAUUCUGGGAUCUUUGGAAGAAAGUUUAUCUCCAGUCACUUGCCGGAAGAAAGAAGUGGAAAUCCCCUCUGCCCAACUUUAAAGUCGGGGAUGUUGUGUUGGAGAUCGACAAGAGCCUACGACGCGGACAAUGGAAUAUCGGCAGGAUUGCGAAGGUAUUCCCAGGGCCAGACGGCCUAGUUCGAGUCGUAGAUGUGCAGCUGGAAAGAGGACUUUUCCGUCGUGGAAUCGACACUCUCGCGCUAUUAGAAGUUAGCUCAGCAGGCGAUGUCGUCCCAGACAUACCCGCUUCGGGGGAGGAUGUUCCGGCGAAGAAUUAA